AGUUUGUCCUCUUGCGGCCGCCGUCUCCGUCAGUGUUCAGUGUUUUGUUGGUACCUCGCUGCUUCCCGGACAUUAGUCACGGAGUUUCUGGGGAAGGAGACGUGUAGUUGGAGGAGGCGUGGGUCGGGGCGCCGCCGCCGCCGCCGCCGCCGCCGCGGGGGCCAUGGAGCCACCGUUCAGCCCGAGCCGGUCUGUCUCUCAGAGCCUGGAUGUGGACUGGGAUUCAACCCUUUUUGCUGAACUUGGGGAUUUAAUGGACACAGAUGAGUUGCAGCUGGACAUAGAGAAUGAAACUUAUGAAAACAAUUUCUAUAAUCUUGGCUUUGAUUUGGAUUUGAUGCCUUGGGACUCAGACCCAUGGGGGAUUUCCAACCAAUCUUGUACAGAUAAAUAUAUCAAGGAAGAGCCUCAACCACUUUCUCCAGAUUCCUCAAGCUGUUCAGUCUCUUCCCCUCAAUCAGUGGAUUCUUAUUCUUCAACCCAGCAUGUUCCUGAAGAGUUGGAUUUAUCAUCUAGCUCCCAGCUGUCUCCCCUCUCUUUGUACAGUGAAACCUCUAACAGUCCUUCCUCAUCGGAGUUACUAAAGGAAGACAAGCCCAUCAUUGGUGGCACAAACAGGACUGUAAAUGGACUAACUCCAAAAAAACAAAGUCACGUCAUUUCUAAGCCUUCAAUUCAGCCCAAGCCAUUACUUCUGCCAGCAGUACCCAAGAGUCAAGCCAACUCGAGUAUUCCAACCAAAGCAAUCAUCAUUCAGACACUCCCAACACUUCUACCCUUGACAAAGCAGCAACCUGUUAUUCACAUUCAACCUGCACCUGCUAAAGGUCAGCCUGUUGUGCUCUCUCAACCGACUAUGGUCCAGCUACAGGCACCUGGAAUUCUGCCUUCUGCUCAGCCAGUCAUUGCUGUCACUAGGGGAACCACUCAGCUACCUAAUCAUGUGGUUAAUGUGUUACCAACUCCUGUGGGGAAUAACCCAGUCACAGGCAAACUAUCUGUGACUAAACCGAUCCUGCAGACUACCACAAGAGGUGUCGGCUCAGAUGUGACUGUUCUACGGAGACAGCAGCGCAUGAUCAAAAAUCGAGAGUCAGCCUGUCAAUCUCGUAAGAAGAAGAAAGAAUAUAUGUUAGGUUUGGAGGCAAGGUUAAAAGCAGCCCUUUCAGAAAAUGAGAGACUUAAAAAAGAAAAUGGAUCCCUGAAGCGGCAGCUAGAUGAAGUAGUAUCAGAGAACCAGAAGCUCAAAGUCCCCAGUCCAAAACGGAGAGCUGUAUGUGUGAUGGUUGUGCUGGCCUUCAUAAUGCUGAACUAUGGUCCCAUAAGUAUGUUUGAGCGGGAUUCCAGCACAGUGACUUCUAGUAUGAACUCUGCACAUCAGAGUAGACAUCUUUUAGGAUUCUCAGCUACUGAGGAGCAAGAUUCAGUUCCAAGAAAAGUUGCUGGUGCCAUCCAGAAAAACAGUUACAGAUAUGAUCAGUCUGUCUCUAAUGACAAAGCUUUGAUGGUGGUAACUGAAGAGCCACUGUUGUAUAUUCCUCCACCUCCUUGUCAGCCAAUAAUCAACCGUACAGAAUCUCUCAGGUUGAAUCAUGAACUUCGAGGAUGGGUUCAUAGACAUGAAGUAGAGAGGACCAAGUCAAGAAGAAUGUCAAAUAGUCAGCAACAGAAAACACGUGUUCUACAGCCUCCUUCAGAUUCUGAAGAGACCCAAAAGUCUUAUAAGAAUUCUCUGGAACACGGUUCUAAUUCUCAGCUGAUGGCUGUGCAGUAUACAGAAACAACUAGCAUCAGGAAUCCAGGGAGUGAGCUGCAAGUUUAUUAUGCUUCACCUAGAAGUUAUCAAGACUUUUUUGAUGCUAUCCGAAGAAGAGGAGAUACUUUUUAUGUUGUGUCAUUUCGAAGGGAUCAUCUACUAUUACCAGCUACCACCCAUAACAAGACCACAAGACCAAAGAUGUCAAUAGUUUUGCCAGCAAUAAACAUAAAUGAAAAUGUAAUCAAUGGACAAGAUUAUGAAGUGAUGAUGCAGAUUGACUGUGAAGUGAUGGACACCAGAAUCCUCCACAUCAAGAGUUCUGCUGUUCCUCCCUACCUCCGAGAUCAUCAGAGGAAUCAGACCAGCAGCUACUUUGGCUCUCCACCAGCCGCGCCAGAGGCAACAGCCCACGUUGUCAGUGCUAUCACUGAAUCCUUGCAGUAGGCAGCUGAUGUGCUUGCUGCCAUAGACUUCCCCAGCCGAGUCUAGAACUCAGCCAAACUAGAUUGGUGAUGGGCUGUGUGUCAGACGGGUGCAUCUUGCCUCCGUCUUUUUGACAGGCAAUCUAGUAUUGCCCAGUGAUCUAAUUGAGAGUCUAUCUAUGGGAAUGAUAGAGGGAGCAAAGGAGGAAUGCUUUUGUUUUCCAACUAAUACAGGUGGUGCUUGGGUUUUUUUUUUUUGUUUUGUUUUGUUUUAAUUCUCAAAUGGACAACCCUGGCAAGGUUUCUCAAGAGGCAACUUCAGUCCUUGGUUCCUCUAUCAUUGCCCUUCAGAUCUAUUCUGUACUUUCUGGAUUGUACUUGCCAUUCAAUCCCUGCCUUGUGUUUAAGAGGAGAUCUCCUUCUCUCACAUCAGCUUCUUUCACCAUCCCUCCCUGAGGCAUGCCUAGUGUUGCUACACUUAAUUUAGUGACACAUUAAUCAUUUUUAUUUAAAACAAAAACAAAACUUGGAGGUCAAAGCAUUUGGGCAGAUCUAAUCUUUUCAUUUGUUAUUAUGAAAUUGCCCCUUCUAGGGCUGGUGUUUAUCCAACUGACAGGUCUCAAAACCCAACAAGUGAAAGUACUCGGCUACUAUGAAUCUGUAUUGAAAACACUCAAAACAGCAUUGCUUUCGACCCAAACUUAAGGGUAAGCAGAAGAGCCCUCAAUUGGUGACAUUUAAGCUUAAUAUAGAAUUUUUCAUUCACCUCACAUUCACUAUUUAAUGGGUCUGAUGCUAAUGCUUAAAAGUUGUUUAACAUUGCAUGGAUGAUAUGAUGGGGAAUGUAGAAAACAUGCUGAUUUGAGAAGAUGACAUUUCUGUUUCUCACUAAUAAUUUGAGAAUGAGAGUACAGAAGUACUACUGUACAGAAGUGCAGGAAAGUUUAAUGUGGAAAAUGGAGGAAGAAAUAGCUAAAGUAAUAAAAGUUAUUAAAGCUGUGAAAAUAUUGUGGGGCCUCUUUGAAAUAAAGACUUAGCUUUAUUAAAUUAAUUCACAGGGAGUGUUUGCAUGUGCUCUGAUCUUCUCUUCAAUGAUAUCUUAUAUAGCUUCUCGAGGCCUGCAGAAAAAUACCUCAUUGUAUUUUUUGGGAAAGGUUGUUGCAUGGGGGGUAGGGGGGAGUGUUCUUUCUGUGUAUUGCACUGAUAGCAGAUCCAGCUGAUAAGUAUUGGUGUAGCUUAUAACUAGGCAAGCCAGAAACUAGUUUUCUUCUGAAAACUAAUAGAUUGUUUGCUCAUUUUGGGAAAAGCAGACAUAUUUGCUAGGGAAGUCCAUUUGGCAAUGUAGCAACAGUUUUCACCUUCGCUGUGGAGGAGACAUGACAGAAUUAGAUCUUCUUUACCUCCCUAAAAAUGACUACUGUUUUCAUUUGCAUUCCACUUGAAUUGUAUUUCAGUAAAUUUUGAAGAUGGAAAGGAACAUUGUCCACAUGGUUCCUCCCAGAUCAUGUAGAAUUGUUAUUCUUUGACAUAUAUUUCUCAUUCCAAUUACUUAAAACGGUUAUCUUCCUCUAGCCUUUCUAAUGGCAUUUUCUAGACCCUUCAUUAAUCUCAAUAUGGAUAAAACAUUUGCUGACUCUCAGAUUCAGUUUUUCUUUGUUAGAUUUUAUCCCAUUCCUCUUAGGCCAUCCCAGUACAUUCUUUUUCCUCCUUGCAAGGAGUGGAAAAACAACAAUUCUAUCAAGCCUUAAUGUUUGUUUUUUUUCCAUUUGUGGUGUUAUCUUCAUGUUUGUGAAAUUGGGUUCAACUCAAGAUUUUGAAAUCUUGCUAAUAUUUCUAACCCUCUGCAAAGCAAGGCGCCUCUCUAAGCAAAUGCCAUUCCCCUGAAGUUAGAUGAUCACUAUGGGAAAUCAGCCUAACUUGCCUGAAAAAGAAAUACAUGUACCAAGAAAGAAUUUUGAGACUUUAAGGGUUAGUUAACCUUUCUAUUCUUUAUUACCCCAAACCACUUUAAAUCAGGACAACCUAGUCUCUUGCUGAAUAUUCUUUCAAUCUUUCUGCAUAUUUAUCAAGAAGAUAAAUAUGGAAAAGCCCUGAGUGUUCCUUGCUGAAUACUGUGUACUUUGAUGAUGGGAGAAAGCAUAUGCUAAAAGCUUGAAAUGUUAGAUUGGUCAUCUCAAGAAAAUUCUUCUCUUAGCACAUUUCCUUUAUGUCUCUUUAUGUGAGCUAAUUCAGAUUGUCUAGAUUUGAUUACUCUGGGGAGGUGGAUUAGAAAUUCCCACACUGUAAUUCUCUGGAGGAUUUGAAGUUAGAUAAUUCUGUCAUCAGUUUUUAUAAUCAAAUACUUUAAGCUCUGAGUAGUCCUAACAGGACCUACCAGAAUCUUCCAUCUCUUUGCACUAAUCUCUAAACUUGGCAAAAAGAAACCGUUCAUUGAGUGGGCUUUUUUUUUUCUUGCCUGACUCUUUGGUUUCAUCUCUGUGUGAUUUCUCCAGCUUUUCUCGGGGUCUCUGUACUAAUUCACUAGGCAAAUCCCCCAACUCAUAACCUGAGUCCUCUCCUAGGUGGGACAGACAUAGGAAUCAGCCAUAACUUUGUGGCAGUAUGGUGAUGGACACGUGGGAGCUUAUAGACAGAUAAGUCUGAAUAUGUUGUGUGAAUAUGGUGGAGGAACCACAGAGUUAUGUCUCAGUCUCUCUGUCCAUUUGCCUUAUGGCAGUCAGCUCUUCACACACUGAACCCCUCUAGAUGAAUUCAUAAGUCACAGCCUGACUGCCAAAAAUUUAUAUCUCCAAAACUUGUUUUUGGAGGAAUUUGAAGGACAACCUUCAGAUUUAUCCCCCAGAAUGCUUCACUGUUUUCUUAAAUUAUUUAAGUCUAUUGUUUGAUAGUGGUUUCCCUUUGAAUAUUUGAAUGACCUUAUGAGACAAAAUGACUGGGACACAUUUCUGUUCAGGAAAUGAAAAAUAACUGUGUACGUGAAUGAAACCAAACCACAGCAUCACCAUUGGAGCAUUGCAAAAGAACUGUGUGCAAUGUUAACUUUUUUUUUGUUGUUGCAAGUUCUUUUAGUGGGUUUUCAAAGGCCCGCUUAAGAGAUGCACAGACCCCAGCAGGACUUAGUUGGACAUAUUGUGUGACCAAAGUGACCUUGCACUUUGCCUUUCAGCCAAGAGUACUCUACUGACUGGCAAAGCAGACAAUGGAAACUUUGAGGGGAAGGAUUUCUCCGCACAGUUUAGACAGAAUAAAAGUAAAACAGAUGUUCCAUCACACUGACAACUGAAUCAGGUGAUGAAGGGGCUUUGGGCGGUUUCUCCCAUUACUAGGUUAAUGCAUUCUGCAUCAAGCCUGGAAACGGGCUCUGCUGUGUCUGAAAGUGCAUACGUGUCCAACUCAAGAUAGCACCUUAGUUUUAAAUAGCUCCUUUCCAAAACUAGCAGUUUGAGAAAGUGAUCCCUUUCUCAGCAAACAGAUUGUUCAAAUGUUUGCAUUGCAUUUGUGGGCUGGGGGAGGAGGUGACUAAUUGCAACAUCUUCUGCUCUCUUUUCUUAAUUACUACCAGCUCCACCUUCCACUGGCAUGGUUCUUUUUUUCACUUUAGCAAAAAAUAUAAAAGGUGUUUGAAAUCAAACACAGCAAUAUUAUGAGUCACUCUUCAGUGUUGAGAACAAAACAAUUUCUUGGAAAUAGAUGAGGAAUUUUGGAUCCAGGCUGAUUUUCAGUGUAUUUUAUUAGAGACACAAUAAUGUUAUUAAAUGACAUUAGAAAUGUUAUUGAUUUGAUUCCUCCUGUCCUGUGCAUGCAUACUUAUAAGCAAAAUUGGGAAUCUGAUAUUUUUCCUUUAUGUUACUUAAACUCAUUAAAACUAGAUUUGUGCCAAGUUUUUCCCUUACAUGCCAUUUUCUGAUUCCUGUCAUUGAACUAAAUUGAUAUGAUGAAAUUUGACAAGCAUCUGCCUUGGUAACCAGGUCUGUACUUCCAUAUUUGAUCUUCUGAGAACUGCAUGGAGAAUAAUUUUCAACUAAUGCCCAAUAAUGAGAAAGUACUUACUAUGCCAAGGAAUCUCUCUUUUCAUAACUAAUUUUGGAAGUGUCCAAUUUUCUAUUAUUGGAGAUGGAGUAAAGGAAACAGUGUACAGAUGGAGUCCUCCUUUCUUCUGUGUGACAUCAUGAAAUCUGUCUACCCAUGAGCACCUCAUUCUUCUUUUACAAGUGCCUAUAGAGGCUUUCUUCAAUAGAAUGAGAUAUAUAGCUGAAUUCAUAGGAUCUGAAUUUGCUAUUAAACCAUUUCAGUAAAUUACUCAUUCUUUCUGACUGCUGAAACUGUUAUAAUGCUACAGCCAUCUCUGUUGACCCCCUGUUUUGAGGGGGUUUCCUUUACAGUAGGGAGCCUAUAGACUAUUUACCUAAUAUAGAUUAAUAUUUGGCAACAAUGAGGAUCAGGAUUGCCAUUUGUCUCAGUCUGGAACUGUUUUGUUUAAAAAAAUCAGGGCAGAGCAAGAAACAUUUGCUCUUAGGGUGGCCAAGUGUAGCUUUUGCUUAAAAAAGCAUGAAAGGAGUGAUUAAAGAUGGAGACCUGAGAGAGACUGGAGUUCCAACUUCUAAUUGUCAAUGAGAGGGAAAAAAAUCACAGGAUUUGGGUUUUUUUUUUUUUUUUUAAGUUAGUUUUAAACACAACUUCAAGGAAAUAAGGGAUGAUAUUGCCAUAUCUUUAAAAAGCUGAUGUAAAUUGCAAAUUAGAAACAUUUGGGGUGACUAGAUUAUUAUGUGGCCCUCUCAGCUAUCUUGUCACCCAGAACAGUCCCCAUUUCUGAAGAGAAUAGCAAAACUAUCUCAUGAUAAUUCAUCUUUGUAUGUACCGUUUAUGCUGUGUCUGAGAUCUGUCAAAUUAGCACACAUUUGCUUGCCACCCACUGGUUUGUUUAUCAUUCACACCUCAAAAGAAGUUUGUUUUAUGUGUGUUUUUAAAGAAAAGUAGGUUUAAGAUAAAAAGAAUAAAUCUGACAUAAUUUAUCACUUUUGGUUAUCACUGUGCUAGACUCCCCAAUGAUAUCAGUGGCUCUCAGUUAAAUAAAACAUUUUGAGUAAGAAUGGAAGUGUCAGCACAGAGAUAACCCACUAAUUUAUUGGUUUGGGGAUAGAUGUUAUUCAGGUGAUCAUCUCCAGAUUGAUUCUAUGUUUUCAGAAUUUGCUCCUCUUCUAGGAACCAAGGCUUGAUUUUUAAAAGAUGUGUGAGUCAGUUUGGUGAUGAGAAACAAGCCUGUUCUUAUUUUCUAAAUAUUUACUAAAAUUACCCAUGGUGAAAUUAUGAAUUUGUAGUUUCCCCUUAGUGUUUGUGCAGAAUGAAAGCAAGCAAUGAACCCCCAUGGUAGUUAGAGACUACCAUGCAAUCUUGUAUAUAGGAAUGUUGGUUUCUAGUUCUCAUCACAUUGGCAGCUCCAGUUGGCCUAGAUCCAGUUGUUUCACUUAACUAGCUUGAGUUUCCCAGUCGAGGAAAUGAACAAGUUCUUCCUGAAAGAGAUAGAUACCUGGGAGUUUGUAAGAGAUGCUGUUUCGCCAGGAUCAUAUCUUUAAAAUUAUAUCCACACUUGCUGAAUUAACUUGCAUUAAAGAUGAGGACAGGGGAAAAGAGAAGACAACAUUUUCUCCUUUGAUAUUUAUGUGGGAUCACAAUUCACAAAGGAAACAAAUGACAAUAUGUCAUUUAAUGUAAUUUAAUGCUUUCCAACAAGUCUUUAUAAUGCUAUACCUGUUCUUUGUUUGAAAUAAAGAAUUUUUAAUUUUCA